AUGUAUCUACAGUCACACUCCAUGCGGAACAAUCUGGUGUUUAGUGGUAUUGCGGAAAGUACAAACAAAGGGCAAGAAGACGCAGAAACCAAGGUGAGAGGCUUUAUCCAUGAAAAAAUGAGGAUCGCAAAGGACAUUGUCGACAAAAUAAGCUUUGAGAGAGAACACAGAAUGGGGCCUAAGUGUGAAGGUGAAAGUAGACCCAGGAGUAUUGUGGCAAAGUUUACUCUGUUUAAGGAGAGAGAGCUUGUACGACACCAGGGGAGCGAGCUAAAGGGUACCCAGUUCUACGUGAACGAGCAGUUCCCAAAGGAAGUGUCCGACAAACGUCGAAAGUUGGUGCCACGAAUGAAGGAAGCCCGCAGCCAAGGUAAAAAGGCAUGGAUUGCGUACGACACACUGUUUGUCGACGGGAAGCCAGUUCGGGACUAG